AUGGCUGGAUGGAACAGUUUGAUAGAAGAGGCUUUGUCAGACGAAGGAAUUAUUUCCGAAAUAAAAUCAGUCGUUUGCAGUGAGGAUAAUAACAUUGUUUGGGGGUCUAAGCAUCAGUUAUUGGAAUUGUUGAGAUCCAAAGGUGUUAUUGAUAUGUUAGUUUCCAAAGUCAAGUCGAAAAGACAGCCGAAACCUUCACUAAAAGCUGGUCAGCUAUACAACUCUAGUCUCCAGAAAUAUACUGACAACUUUGAAAGUUCUGUAGAGUAUAUUUCACACAAUCUUGGUGCAACUUUGGUGUUAACACUGGAGGUCUUACAAGGAAGAGCGUUUACAACUCACCUCCAGACGUACGAAGAUGUUAAAUUUGAAGAAUCCAAGGUUAAUCAUGCUGAUUUGCAACUGCAUAUCUCAUAUAGAACCUCAAGGUUUUCCAGUCGAAACUUUCGCUGUUCAACUGAGCCUGUUAUAAAUCAGUACUUUUGCUUUGUGCUACUUUCUGGUGACACCAAUAAACAAAAUGAUUUGACUCUUGAACAACUGCUGGUCGACAAACCUAUCUCAUUGAUACAAAUUGUAAUAACUUCGACUAACUUAGUGACCGGGAGAAAAAGUUUAGUUGCAUCAACUUAUUUUGAUUGGCGACCAUAUUUCUUGGGGAAUUCUAAGUUCACAGAAGUCAGCUCAAAUCACUGGACUACUAAUGUAUCAGUAGAAUUGAAAAGCACUGAUCCUGAUUGUAACGUACCUGCAGGUAUUCUUGAUUUACGAAUUUCUCUAAUAUGUCCAAAAGAGUGUGUCAAGUCAAAGUGUUCUUCUCAGUCAAAUCAUCCACAGGAUUCAAAAAUGUCUGGUAUUAUUCAUCAUCAGCCUUGCAUACUUAAACACCUAUCACCUUCAAUAACACAAGCACAUUUUCAGUUGGAAUCAACUCGAUCUGCUGAAAGGGAAAGUUCAUUUACCAACUAUGUUCGCCAGUGGUGGCGUGAACUAACACAUUUACGUGAAGGUUUCUUUUCUGAUAGAAUUAUCAAGAUAUUUGCUACUGAUGAGAAUGGUCAUACACAAUUUGUCUGCAAUUAUAUCGACCCACUCAGCGUUAGCUUCUUACUGGAGACUCCAUAUAUUGCCGCACGUUUUGUCUCAAGUAUACCAUACGAACCAUUUUAUGGUGUUGGAGCUGGGAUAAAAGAACGUUGGUGUUCUGGAUUGGCUUUUGUCUCUGCAAAUUGUGGUGAUAUACCAGAUCAUGCUAACCUUCUAUGCUCUCUGCUAUUAGGCUAUGGACUUGAAGCAUAUGUUGCCUUAGGCACAAGUCAAUUUAAUAUGAACAAACAAAUCAUAACUACAUCUUUACAUCCAUAUGCAUGGGUUGUAGUUUGUUCUGAUGAUUAUCACAAAAUCACAUUUUGGGAUUCAAUUACUGGAUGUCGUUAUAUCCAUAUAGCUGGAUGUUGUGAUCAAACGAUAUACCCCUCUCCAUUCUGUACAAUCGGUUGCAUAUAUAACCACACCUCGUUUUAUGCCAACAUUCAGUCAACUGAUAAAGUAAUGGAUUGCCUAUUUAACCUAAAGGAUUCAUCAAAAUGGCGUUCUAUGUCAUCUGAAGUUAUUCAGACAGUACAUAAACACUCAAGUUUAUACCUGAGAAAAUUGAAUCCUCCUAUUCAAAACCUCGAUGAAAUAACAAUUCACUGUCGUGAAAACUUGCGUUGUUUAGCUGAUAAAUGGCGUAUAGAAAAGUUAGGCUGUGAUAAUAAUUAUCUUUGGGAGUGGGACAAUACACUGGAACAGUUAUUGCUUCCUUUGAUUUCGUCAUAUGAAACUGAUCAAAAAAGACUGUCGAAUUAUUGUUAUCAUGAUAACACUGGACAAGUAAAUGAUCAAUUGGAAAAUGACUUAAUUAUUUCUUCAAUCCAUCGUUAUGUACCUAAAGAUUUCAUAUUUAAAUCUUAUCCUAUUCAGCUAUUUCAUCAUAAUCCGCAAAGGAUACUACGCAGUUGCUUACGUUCUCAAAUGUGUCGAGAUAUACUUGGUUGUCGUGGUGAUCAUGUCAAAUUCGCGCUUGGGCUACGCAUUUAUUCCUAUGCUGAAAGUGCAGUUGUUACAUGGGUUAUAUUUGCGUGCUUAUACAAUAAUUUCCACAUAGACAGUCAACUGUACGUUUGGAAACCUCGACCGGUACAGAAUUAUACCAAAUUCUGA